UAGCGGAAAGGGGAAGUCAGUGGAAUGUACGGUUCUGACCGACGUGUGCAGUAAUGCAGGUUCCGCAGCUACUUGUGCUUUUCGGCAGCCAGACUGGCACAGCCCAGGAUGAGGCGGAGAGGCUGGGCCGCGAAGCCCGGCGCCGGCGGCUAGGUUGCCGCGUGCAGGCCCUGGACUCUUAUGCGGUGGCGAAUCUCAUUAGAGAGCCCCUGGUGAUAUUUGUUUGUGCGACCACAGGCCAAGGAGACCCUCCUGACAACAUGAAGAACUUCUGGAGGUUCAUAUUCCGAAAGAGUCUGCUGUCCACCUCCCUCUGUCAAAUGGACUUUGCUGUCCUAGGCCUCGGGGACUCUUCAUAUGCCAAGUUCAACUUCGUGGCCAAGAAGCUACAUCGUAGGCUGCUGCAGCUAGGAGGCAGUGCCCUCCUGCCCCCAUGUCUAGGUGAUGACCAGCAUGAGCUGGGACCUGAUGCUGCCAUUGACCCCUGGCUGGGAGACCUUUGGAAGAAGAUAAUGGGUCUAUACCCAGUGCCCCUCGACUUCCCUGAGAUCCCUCUUGGAGUCCCCUUGCCCUCCAAGUUCAUCUUCCAGUUUCUUCAGGAGGUCCCCAGCAAAGGGGCUGAGGAGCCAAACGUAGCCAGCUCAGCCCCUCAGAAACCCCCAUCAGAGUUACAGCCCUUCCUGGCUCCUGUGGUCACCAACCAGAGGGUCACUGGCCCUCAACAUUUCCAGGAUGUUCGGCUGAUUGAGUUUGAUAUUACAGACUCGAGUAUCAGUUUUGCGGCUGGCGAUGUCGUGUUAAUUAUGCCCUCUAACUCGGAGACCCACAUCCAGCAGUUCUGCCAGUUGCUGCGCUUGGACCCCAAUCAGUUUUUCAUGCUUGAGCCACGGGAGCCAGGUGUCCAUUACCCACCAGAGCUGCCUCAGCCCUGCACUGUGUGGCAUCUUGUGUCACAGUACUUGGACAUUGCCAGCGUGCCUCGCCGUUCCUUCUUUGAACUCUUGGCUUGUCUUUCCCCACACGGGCUGGAGCGGGAGAAGCUGCUGGAAUUCAGCUCUGCCAGAGGUCAGGAAGAGCUCUGGGAGUACUGUAAUCGGCCUCGCAGGACCAUCUUGGAGGUGCUGUGUGACUUUCCACACACGGCCGCUGCCAUUCCUCCAGACUACCUUUUGGACCUUAUCCCUCGGAUCCGCCCACGGGCCUUCUCCAUUGCUUCCUCCCUGCUGGCUCAUCCCAGGAGGCUACAGAUUCUUGUGGCUGUGGUACAGUACCAGACUCGCCUCAAGGAGCCCCGCCGUGGCCUCUGCUCUUCCUGGCUGGCAUCUCUGAAUCCUGAGCAAGGACCUGUCCGGGUGCCUCUGUGGGUGCGGCCUGGGAGCUUCACGUUCCCAGAGACAGCAGAAACACCCAUUAUCAUGGUGGGGCCUGGAACUGGUGUGGCCCCCUUCCGAGCAGCCAUUCAAGAGCGAGUGGCCCACGGCCAAACUGGAAACUUCUUGUUCUUUGGCUGCCGCCAGCGGGAUCAGGACUUUUACUGGCAGACUGAGUGGCAGGAGCUAGAGAAGAAGGGCUGCCUGAGCCUGGUCACAGCCUUCUCCCGGGAGCAGGAGCAGAAGGUCUAUGUGCAGCACCGGCUCCGAGAGCUGGGGCCUCUCGUCUGGGAGCUGCUGGAUCGCCGGGGUGCCUACUUCUACCUUGCAGGCAAUGCUAAGUAUAUGCCUACGGACGUUGCGGAAGCCCUGACAUCCAUUUUUCAAAAAGAAGGACAACUCUCCAACCAAGACGCCGCUGCCUACCUUGCCAGGCUCCAGCAGACACUGCACUUCCAGACUGAGACCUGGGCCUGAGGAGCCGCUUGCUAGCUCACAUCCACAUUGACAGCGGCACUGGAGAACCUGCUGGAUGGAGUCUGGAGGGCCCAUUGUUACCUCCUAUCCUCUGAUCCCAGAACACUUGUUAGACCCGUGGUGGAGCUUCUUGGCGCCAGCUGGGUAGGAGGGCACUCUGAAUACAGCCAAACUCCACGGAACCCCGUGUUCCACCCACACUGAGCCCCAACCCCAGUGUAAGUCUGGUUUCCUCUCCGUCCCUUCCAUUGUGCCCCAGAUCUGCACUGUGGUCCAUACCACCAGGGUCCUGCUGAGGCCUCCAAGAGGCAUGGAGUCCUGUGAGGGCCACGCUGUCCCUCUGCUCUGGUGCUAUUUCCAUUUACCCCCACAGCAUCUGUGGGGCUCAGGUGAGAGGCCCCCAGGGGCUAAGUCUCCUGAGCAUUGAGAAUACGCACGCAAGUCAGUGUGUCUUCAGGUCCUUAAACAUCUUCAGUAAACUGCCUGGGUAGCUGCUCCUGCUUCUUUGCUUCUCCUAGAUUUGAGGGUAGUGGGUGGGACAUGGAUGAUCUGCAUCUGCUAGUGGUGGCCAGAGACCUUUCCAGGGCACGUGCACAGGCUGUGUACACGUAUGUCCUUGUUAGUGACCUGUGCUUGAGUCACACUACACCUGGGUGUGUGGUGUGUAAGUUCCUGCCGGUGUCCCCUUUGAGUUAGAGGGCAGGCCUUGGCUCUGUCUGAUCUUAAACCUUAACAGCUCAGCCAAGGUCAUGCCCUGUUUGAUGGCCAAGCAGGCCCAGAGAGCCAUUGGAAAGUCCCAGCCAAGUGCUGGAACACUAUUCUUUCCUUCCCAAAGAGCUAGAAGAAUGAGCAGGUGGAGGGGGCGUGAUACAAGUUGGCCCGCCCAUGGGCAGGGCCUCUACCCCUGGAAAGAGAAACCCUGUUGGAGGAGUCAGACAGGUCCAGGGCAGCUGGGAGGUGAGGAACCUCUGUUUUGUCCGACAAGUGCUGGAACAGAGACCAGGCCUGCCAAUACCACUCUUAGGCCUGGGAUACCAGGAGCUGACGACGCUGCAGGGAUCCACGUGAAGCUCACUUCCAGUGGGGUCAGCAAGCCCAAAGGUGUAUCAGGAGGUCAGUGCUCCAGUGACCGGAGACCAAGCUCUGCCUGGCUCCUGAGGGCCACCUAACCUUCACGCCCCCCACCAAUCCCUGCUAUCACCCUGGAGUCGCAAUCCACCCAUCCUGAUUUCUGUUCUGGUGGUUCAACCGUGGGGCCUGAUGAUACCAGCUCUGCACCCACCACUUCACCUCGUGCCUCUUUGAGUCCUGAGCUCCUGGACCCCCUGUGCCAGCUACCAGCAGGUGAAGAAGAUAAUCUCAUGGCCCCCCAAGGUGCCAGGACUCCAGACAGUAAGCCUGAACUGGGGGCCAGAGAUCCAGCUGGUGCCUGGGCCCUGUCAACUAUGGAGGAGCAGGAAGAGGGUGAGGGACAGGCAGAUGAGGAAUGCCCCAUCUGCACUGAGCCUUACGGGCCUGAUGACCACCACCCAGCCUUGCUGAACUGUGGUCACAGCCUGUGUGUGGGCUGCCUGCACCAGCUGUUGGGCAUGACCCCCAGAGCUGACCUGGGCCGUGUGUGCUGUCCACUGUGUCGUCAGAAGACACCCAUGCUAGAGUGGGAGAUCUGUCAGCUGCAGGAGGAACUGCUUAGAGCUGAUGGACCCCAGCGCCCAGUGCCCGCUGCAUCCACCACACCCCUGCGCCCCGGCCCUGGGCCUUGGGGAUCCUUAGAACACCGCUACCGGCUGCGUUUUCUGGCAGGGCCUGUGGGGGGCCGGAGCUGCCUCCCUUUCCUCCCCUGUCCUCCCAGCCUAGGUACCUGGCUGUGGACACUGCGGGAACGUGGCCCAUGUGCCCGCCGUCUAUCACUGCUGAGCCUGCUGGCAUUAGAACUGCUGGGCCUGGUGCUCAUCUUCAUGCCACUCAUGUUACUAGGAGUGUUCUUCAUGCUCCUAGACCGUUCCGGCCGCUAAGCAGAGCCUAGGAUGUUGGCCAAGUUUUGAAGCCCAUGCUCAGAGUCUGGUGAUCAGCAAAGACUUGCUAUCACCAGUCCCAAGACCAGGCCUGCCCAGGCGCCUGAGCCAGCCAGAGUGCUUACACACCCCUGCAGCCCAGAUAGUGGCUAAAGCCAAGGACACUAAGCCAAGGACAGCCUCUGAAGGAGAUUGGCCCAACAAGAAGGGCUGUGAACAGAACCCCGUGUGCUCGCCAUGGACAAGCACUUUGCUAGCCACAGGCAUUGGCUGGGUCAUAACACCAGCUCCUGAGGUCCAGCUGGUGAGGGUGAAUGCAAAUGUGAACAGAGAUCUAGCAGUAAUUGUUUAUAGAAGAAGGCAAGGGCUGCAAGACCCUCACCUGUUCCAGACAGAGGUUGGGGUGUGUCCCUGAAGGCCACCGUAGCUAGCAGGAGAGGCCUGCACUGCACAAACCCAGCCUUCAAAAGCUCACCCAACCUAAGACCCUCACCAAACAGGGUAGCCCGGAGCAGCUGGGAUCAACAUUGGCUUUGUCCCGCAAGGACCAAAGUUCAAUCCAGACCCUGAAGCCUGCAAAUGCCCAGGGUCCAGCUCUGUUUCUAACUGACUGCAAUUUGUGUCACAGGACCAGGAGCCCUCACUUGGGAGAUGAAGACAAAUGUCAGCCCACCUCAUGGCUUGUUAGUGACGUAGUGCAAGGUGGUGGGAUAUUUCGGUCUCUAUCCAGCAUAAGAAUGGCUCUCAAUAAACAGUUGCUACUGA